AUGGCGCCGUUAGAGGCGACUAAGCGGCGGAAGGCCCCUGAAGACGACGGAGGGGUAAUCCCGGUGAAUUUAGAGGCACCGCCUGCGCCUACCCAUUCGGGGCGCGAUCAACUACUGAAUCCGCUGUCUCCUUCACCAAGUCCCCACUUUAAUGUGGCGCUGCAACAAUGCGUCUAUCCGCACAUCCUGUCAUUUAACACAUUUGCAGACUGCUAUGUGGAAGAAAUGAUCAAGGAGCUGCCGUUUAUCUACGUGGAUCCCUACUAUGACCCAGAUCGGCAUGAAGCCAAUCCAUACUACAAACCGUCUGACUAUCUGAAACUGGGAAUCGCAGAGGCAGUCCUGGGCUGCCCCCAGAAAGCCGGCAUGGGGGACCUCCAGGCAAAUUCAGACAGCUGCAACAGACUGCUCCCUCGUCACUGCAGAGAGUCGCAUGUGUCUUACGGGGCCCCCCUUCAUGUCAGCUUUGUUUGCUGGAGGACUGGAGACGAAAACAGUGUGGCAUUCAAGAAGACAAUGGUGGUUGGCCAGGUGCCAGUUAUGGUUAAGAGCAACCGAUGCAGUCUGUCAGGCAUGAGCCCGACUGAGAUGGUAAGAGCUGGAGAGGACUUGGAUGAACUCGGCGGCUAUUUCAUUAUCAACGGCAACGAACGCGUGCUGCGCUUUGUCAUUCAACAGAAGACAAAUUACCCAAUUGCUCUCAAAAGGGAGAGCUUCAGGAACCGCGAGAUCUUCGCUACGGACCUGGCAAUUCUUUUAAGAAGCCAGAGGCAAGCUGUGCACACUUGUCCCGGCGUGGAGCAUUUCUGUCCAUUUCUCUUGCUGCUGAGGUGCGUCGGGGGGGGCCUUUCUCUGCAGCAGUUCAAGCUCAAGUUUAUGGAGGGUACAUGGAGUGACAUUACCGAAGCCACCCAGUUGCAUGCGCUAUUUGAAGAAGCUUGGGGAAAUGAGAAGGACUUCGUCGAUACCGAUGUAAUGGAGCAUAGGCUCGGCCAAGUGUUCUGGAGAGGUGUUUCUUGGCUCCUGCCCCCCGGAAGUACCUAUGAAGACGCCGGGCGAUUUGUCAUCAAUGGUUACGUGCUCGUCCAUGUAAAGGAUUGGGCCAGCAAGUUUGAGACGCUGUUGUUGAUGUUUCGGAAACUACGGCAGCUACGGGCGGGGAAGAUACCGGUGAGCUCUUACUGUACAGGAGCUUGA